AAGAGAGGCGGAGAGGGAGGAGGCUACAGGCUGCCCCGCUCACCACUACGAGAGGAAAGAUUGAAAGAGGAGUGGUGAGAGAAAAAAAAGGGGUGUAUUCCCUCUUCUCUGCCUCUUGUAUUCCCUCUUCUCUGCCCUUCUGAGCCACUGCAGCCCCCCUCCCCCUCCCAUUCUCUUGCUCUCUCUUUCCCUUACUCAUCUGUUUCUGUGGCUGUGCUGAGAGGAAGGGCACCUGCCGCUCCCUGAUGAUUCAGCCUUUCAGCUACUUGGAGCUCCACAGACAAGACAGCAUGUCCCUCCUGCCACUGCAGUGCCUGGCCGUCCUGUCCUCUGUCUGCACUACAGCUACUGCAGCUGGCCCAGCACGUCGACACCGCCUCUUCUGCCCAAGCGCUCAGGUGAGUGAGUACUACUCUUCCACCACUGCUCUCUAGUAAACCCUGCAGAACAUUUAAGGAAUCCAAUUCUCUGGCAAUCUUUUUGUUUUGUUUUUUUGCCUGCAGCCAGUUUGACGAUUCUAUAUAUAGACUGAUUGCCUUUUUCUGUGAGAAAGCAUGAGUAAGGAACUCCUUUCCCUCGUGCGCAGAAGGUUGUCUACAGAAGUCCCAGGCUGUUAACAAGGUGCGACUCACUCUGAAGAGCAUUUGUACCUUCCUCUGAAAUCCCAGCUCUGACUCUGCAGCAUCAUAAUGGAAAACAUACUCGAGGAGACUGGUGGCAGACAGCCACUGUGCGAUGCUCUGAGUUAAUAGUUGAGGUGUUCAGAGAGCCUUCAUCCAGCAGUUGGAAAGGAUGACUGAGGGAAUGGACGACAUCUCUGCAGGGCCAGCUCACCCCCCUGGAUCGGCCUCCCCCACCAGCUCUACUGUUGAUACCGGACAAGUCCCUGAGGAGAAACCAGAGGAGACAGUGGCAGCUGGCGAGAGUGGGGAGGAGGGUGCAGAGGGAAGUGGUGGUGGUGAUGGGGAGCAUUUGGGGGCUUUGGGAUUUGUGGCCUUGCCAGGGACCUGCUGUGUGUGCAUAGAGAUGGAACAAAUUAACCAUUGCCUGCACUCUGAGAAAAUCUGCAUUCUUCCUAUCCUAGCCUGUCUGCUUAGUUUAGCUCUCUGCACAGCUGGCCUCAAAUGGGUCUUUGUGGAUAAGAUCUUUGAGUACGAACCACCCACACACCUAGAUCCUAAACGCAUCGGACAGGACCCAAUUAUCAUAUCAGUUUCCCCGACGCUGGGACUGACUGUGUCGAUUCCUCAUUCGUCCCCGUCGUUUGUCUCCUUGACCACCGCCAUUACCCCAGGACGUCCUGACGUUUUCGUAGAAGAGAAAUCGACACGAGGGUCGUACAUGCCCCAGUCUCCACAAGUGACUCAGUCUGAUCCUUCUGUUACACUGAAAUACAACGCUGAACGUCCCACCGUCCCAAAGCAGACUCCCCACCCUCAGACAACACAGGAAUUAAACGACAUCAUCAUCCCAACAAUCUCUGCCACCAGCACCACCACUACAGCCAAGACCUCCAGUCACGUGACACGCUGCAGCGACAACCAGAGGAACUACUGCGUUAAUGGAGGGGAGUGCUUCACCCUUGAAAUCAUGCCAGGCAGCACAAAGUUUCUUUGCAGGUGUCCAAAUGAAUUUACUGGUGAUCGCUGCCAAAACUAUGUAAUGGCCAGCUUUUACAAACAUCUUGGGAUUGAAUUUAUGGAAGCUGAGGAGCUGUAUCAGAAACGUAUUUUAACAAUAACAGGAAUCUGCAUUGCACUCCUAGUCGUUGGAAUCAUGUGUGUGGUUGCCUACUGCAAAACAAAGAAGCAGAGGAAGAAGCUCCAUGACCGUCUGAGGCAGAGCCUGAGGAAAAAGAGGAAAAAUACCAAUACUGGUAUUGGCCCCAAUCUGGCAAGCUCAGCCAGAGGACGUCAGAUUUCUAACUUGCCUCUUCAAGAUUUGCAGCUUAUCAAUCAAUGUAAUGGGACGACUAUACAGCAUGCAUCUGAGAUGGAGACAGAAACAAACUUCUCAACAAGCAAAAGUGCUUUAACUGCGCAUGAACCCACCACAUUCACCCACAUCUCUAGCCAAAGGUAUGCAUCUUCCAUGACGAACCCGACUCAGCUGUCUCCGGAGUCCCGCACCUCUCCUGCAACUCCAGGUUCUCCUCCAUCAGAGAUGUCUGCCCCCCUGUCCAGCCUGGCCAUCUCUGUCCCCUCGGUGGCUUUAAGCCCUUCCGGCGAAGAGGAGCGCCCCCUGCUGUUGUCAAACUCACAUCAGCCACGCAAGUCUUCAAACCGAGAUGAACAGAAGAGGAUCUCGGCCCACUACAACCACGGCCAUGUGGCACAUAGCUUACCACCUAGCCCGCUGUUUCCUAAUGGGAAUGGUUACUACCAAAGCAUAGGUGACCAUGACACCACAGCUGGCAGCCAGAUGUUCUCAGCAUCACCUGAGAAGCUUCUUACAAACAACAACAUCAACAACUGCAGCACCAAACAAGUCCCCAACGGCCAUGUGGUGCGUAAUGCGGAGUCCAGCGGUGACAGCAUGCUAGUGAGCGAAACAGACGCACCUCAAAGGGAACACACACUCUUCUUUACUACAGAUAGCACUGCAAGCCUGCCGCUCGGGGCUUUGGACAGCAGCAGGACUAACCCAGCAUCUCUAAAUGAUGACCUGCAAGACAAGUCAUGCAGUUCCAUCACCACCACCAAACUAAAUCCAGUUGCUGUGUAAAGUAAAAGAAAAUAAAAAAGGAAUUGCUGAGAAUCCUUUAUGUUGAGGGGAAAAAAAGGAAUAGUCACUAUUAAACUUUUAUUUUCUAUAAAUUAUUUGCCGUGUAAAGACUUUAAAGAUAAAUGAAAAAUGAAACUUUUAUUUUAGUGAUGUAGCAAAUAAAGAGUUUUAUAAAAAAAAAAAAAAAAAUUACAAAUGUGUUCAUGUCUUGUAGGUAAAGUGCCAUACACUAGUAUGUAGCAACAGUUAAUGGUAUAUUUCAGUGCAGAAAAAAUAUCAACGGUGCCUUUCUGUUUAGUAUGCUUAAGGGAUCUGAAACAUUGCAUACUGGGCCAUAUAUUCACCAUCUUAAUCUUCCAGUUAACAAUCAAAACUAACUUGCUGGCUGCUUUUAACAUCCUGGAGUUGGAAGUGCCCACUGACACGACAGUUUGAUAUGAGAUUUAUACGAGGUGCAUGCUACAUCCUUGAAAGCUGUGAUGGAAUAAUGAGCAGUUUGUGUUGUUGCCAUUCCAGCCAUUUGACCUGAUACUGAACUUCAACACCUGGACUCAUGUGUAUGACUAAACAAUUGAUCAGCUUAUUACCUGCAUUUGAUGAGUAAUGGAAAAGAUGUUAGAAAUCAUAAAGGUUUUAUUCAUCGCUGUCUAAUUCAGAAUCCUGCUGGUGAACAAAUAUUGUAACUGUUAGAUAAAGGUGCAGUCACUAAAGUCUGGCUCUGUAGUGUUACUAAUACUGUCAGUUAUAUGCCUAACAUAACCCCCAUAGAGUUUUCUUUUUAGUAAAUUCAAUAUUGGGAUUUGAUUUACAUAUUACAAGUUUACUAAUUCUAUGUUAAAGGGUACUGCUCUGGUGUUGUAUUGCACUUACAUAGCUCACAAAGGACAAUGCCGGUCCCCAUCCGGACCGAGGCUCAGUCCUCGCCACAGCGGCCGUGCUGGAUUCCCACCUGCGGCCCUUUGCUGCAUGUCAUUACCCCUCUCUCUACCCUUUCAAGUCGUAAGCUGUCCUAUAAACAAAGACCCCCCAAAAAAACAAGAAAAAAAAACGGUCAUUGAAACAUCAGAGGCCUAAAUAUCCUGACUUUAACUCCCGAGAAUGAGUCAAGCUCAACUCUGGAUCCUACAUUUCCAAUACUGCUUAAAGUAUCUUUUUUUAAAGUAGUUUCAUUUCUUUCUAUAGCUACAUCUUCACAGAGUGCAAACUGACUCAGAUAAAGUGGUGCCAUCAAAGAAAACUACUAGCAUUAAGAACAGCAAUGCUCUACACCAGUAUAUUACUACAGAAAAGGAUAAGGGCCAAUGUGAAAAAUGUAUUUGAGUUCUAAAUUUAAAGUCACAAUUCUGACUUAAUUCUCAGGAUUGUAAAUUAAAAGUUCAAAGUUAGAAUUCUGAAUUUUUUUCUUGGAAUUCUAAGUUUAAUCUCAGAACUCAAAUACAUUUUUCACACGUGGCCCUAAUUCUCUUCCAUAGAUUACUGAUCACAUUUUUAAAUGCAAAAAUAUCUACAAAGUGUGUACUGAAUAUAUGGCUCAUUUUGUCCUUCUUAAGACAUCCAUGUCGUCCUGAGCAAUGCAUUUUGGGGAUUUAGGAAAUUGCUAAAUAUAUACAUGAUGGCUACCUGCUUUAAUUUGUUCAGUCAUAUCUCUGGUAUGAUAGACAUUUAUUUUCUAAAUUCAAUUUGUUACAAUUUCCCAAAGAAUAAAUGCAUACACACAGUAUGCAUUUAUUUUUUCAACUAACCCAGCUCGUGUUCACGUGCCGUCUCAUUGUAUGUGUGAUUUAAACAAAUGUCUGCUAACAUGAACAUAGUUUAUAAAAUCUGCCAAAGACUGUCACCUGUUAUGAAAAGUACAUAAAAUAACCAUUUUUGGUCUCUGUAAUCAACCAUAGUUUCUUAAAACGUAUGUAGCAUCAGCAUAUGAGUAAGUAUGAUGACAAAGACGUGCUGCUCCAUGAUUUGUGUUUUAAUGGUGGCCAUUCUUCUGUAUUUUAUGGUAACAUUAAGAUUAUUUAUUUAUUUUUUUGGUGAUUCUUGUUUAUUACAAGCAUUAAUUACUGAUUUAUUUAUAAUUUAACAAACAUGAUUUUACAGAUGUAAAAUAUAUAUAGCCAUUAGUCACAUGGUUAUUAGUACAAAAUAGAAAAUAAGUACUUGCAUAUUUUGUCACUUGUAUGCUUAACAUAACUCACAAUGCAUUGCUUUUAGGUCUAGGAGUGUCUUCAAAUGAUGUAAAUACACCAUGGAAACCUUCAGCGCUGUUGUUUCUUAUUAAAUAUUAAAUCAGUUCUAUGUU